AUGGCAGCGAGCUCGUCCAGCUUCACGACAUCAGUCGUUCCCCAGUCCAAAAACGACUUCGAGAUGGCAGAACGGAAACUACCACAAAUCUCAAUCGGAGAGCUGCGACGAGAAGAGGAGCAAGACGAUGGCACUGCUCUCGAUAACGAUGAGCCAUUCGACCCUACUCUGUCGACGGCGAGCGACCGGUAUCAGAUGAAUCGCAUGGGCAAGCAGCAGGCCUUCGUCCGGCACUUCAAGCCCAUGGCUACGUUCUCUUUCAACGCCAUGGCAACCUGCGUCUGGGAGUUCGGCAUCUUCAGCGUCAGCCAAGGACUGGUAGACGGUGGGCGAGCCGGUUUGUUCUGGUCUACCGUCGUGCAUGCCGUUGGCUUCGUCCCAGUAGUCUUGAGCAUGGCCGAGAUGGCCUCGAUCGCGCCUACAGCAGGAGGCCAGUACCACUGGGUCUCGGAGCUGGCUCAUCCGAAGUGGCAGAAGCCACUCAGCUAUAUCACGGGAUGGAUCUCUACGAUGGCUUGGCAGGCUGGAAACGCUGUCGGUGUCUUCCUCACGGGGACCUUGAUCCAGGUAAUCAUCCUCGAGAACAACCCGAACUACAUGUUCCCAGCCUGGCAUGGAAGUCUGCUGGUUAUGACUAACAUCGUCUUCACGGUCGCCGGCAAUAUCCUCCUAUCACGCUACAUUCCUCGGGUCCAGACACUGUUCUUCGUACUGCAUAUCCUCGCCUUUCUCUGCGUCAUUGUCCCUAUCUUGGUCAACGCCCCGAAAGCGAGUGCGGCGGAAGUGUUCACCGAGUUCGACAACACUGGAGGCUGGCCGAAUACUGGUGUAGCUGUCCUUGCUGGCCAGCUUUCGGCGAUAUACAUGAUGUGUGGAACUGACUCGGCCCAUAUCUCCGAAGAAGUGAAGAGUGCAGGUCGCACUGUUCCCAAAUCCAUGAUCAGCGUAUACGGUGUGAACAUGGUCAUUACUCUCACGUGCUGGCUCGUGAUCUGCUUCGCCAUGCCCAACGUCAAUGCAGCCCUCGCCGAUCCAUCCCUGUACCCGGUGAUCUACAUAAUGAAGCAGAGCAUGUCCAUUAAAUGGGUCACUGUUGAGUUGACGAUGAUCGUCGCUUUGGUUUUGUUCGCAAAUGUGUGCUACCUGACAGCUGUGAGCCGUGACCUGUUUGCCUUCGCUCGUGACGGUGGAACUCCCUGCCCGAACUGGGUCGCUCGAGUCCACCCCAAAUACGGUGUCCCUAUCAACGCAGGUGGGUCUCAUACCUCUAUCUUCACUGAAACAGCUCACACUGACGUCGGGGCAGUCUACGUAACCGGCGGCUUCUCCUUCAUCCUCAGCCUCAUCUACAUCGGCUCUCCCACCGCCUUCUACGCCAUCACCUCUCUCAUGACGGUCGCGCUCCUCCAAUGCUACAUGUUCUCCAUCGGCUCAAUACUCUGGCGAAGGAUCUACCAUCCCUCCACGAUCCCGAAGAGCCAUUUCAGCUUGGGUAAAUGGGGACUGCCGAUCAAUGCUGUGGCUGUUGUGUGGUGUCUUUGGUCUUUUAUCUUCAGCUUCUUCCCGAUGUACAAGGACGUCACCACCGGGACAUUCAACUGGGCGUCGGUGAUCUUUGUUGCUGUGCUGGUGUGCGCUGGGGUGCAUUGGUUUGCCUAUGGCCAUAAGACUUAUCAAGGCCCUGUUGUGCUUGUGAGGAAGCUGUAA